GGAAGAAAGUGAGAGACUUUGCUGAACUCUCAUUGCAGUCUGCGCUGUAAAGAAGGUCAGAUCAGUUGGCAGAGCAUCAGAAUCGAGAAAGCCUGCAAACACCAGCAAACAAACAUCCACUGUGUUUGAGCAACAGGCUUGAAGUGGAAGGAAGAAAAGAAAGAGAGGGAGAAGUAGGAGGAGGAGGAGACAGAUCCAGGGAAAAGGCUUUUUAGAGGAAACGGACGCAGAGGUUUGCUGGUCCACAGAGUGCAGCGAGUGUGUAGAGAGACACAUACAGACGUGGCUGUGCUGCCUGCUGCUGGUGGGAUUUUAAUGAAGCUCGGCAGCAGUGGGCCACACCACUAUUAGAUGCUUUUGCCUUCAACAUGCGGAGUGACCCUAUUUUGUUCGCCUCGAGGGCGAUGGAAGAGUUGGUGGCAGAGCUGCGGGUCUUUUUGGAGCUGUUGGACAGGGAGUAUUUGAGCGCAGCAGUGAGAGAGAAGAAACAGCAGAUCUCCAACAUUCUACACAGAGUCCUGUCUGCUAAAGAGCCAUCCUAUAAGGCAGAGAUCCACAGCUCACUUCCUGCACCCCCCCAGAUGCCCCUUCCAGAGAUCCCCCAUCCAUGGCUGCCUCCAGACAAUGGUCCACCUCCCUUGCCCAGUUCUUCUCUUCCUGAGGGUUACUAUGAGGAAGCUGUACCUCUGAGUCCUGGAAAAGCUCCAGAAUACAUCACCUCCAAUUAUGACUCAGAUGCAAUGAGUAGCUCGUAUGAGUCAUAUGACGAGGAAGAGGAGGACGGAAAGGGUCAGAAGAUGAGGCACCAGUGGCCAUCAGAGGAGGCCUCCAUGGACCUGGUGAAGGAUGCUCGCAUCUGUGCCUUUCUACUGCGCAAAAAACGCUUUGGCCAGUGGACCAAACUGCUGUGUGUGAUCAAAGACAAUAAACUCCUGUGCUAUAAGUCAUCUAAAGAUCAGACUCCUCAGAUGGAGCUGCUCCUGUCUGGCUGCAGUAUUACUCACAUCCCCAAAGAUAGCAAAAAGAAGAAGCAUGAGCUGAAGAUUGUCCACCAGGGGGCCGACGCCCUGGUCCUUGCUGUGCACAGCAAAGAGCAGGCCGAGGAGUGGCUCAAGGUAAUGAGGGAGGUUUGUGCUUAUGGAAACGGAGCAGUGGACUCUGAUGGAGCAGUUUCUGGAUCUCCUGUUCACAAAAUCGAGCUGGAAAAGAAGUUGUCCUAUGACAGACCCAGUUCAGAUGGUGAGCCCAGCCAUGAAAAUGGCAUCACAGAUGGAAAAGAUCCAGCUAAAGGGAAGAAGAGCAGUAAAUCUGAGCAGAAGGGCACAGUAGGAAAGGGAGCAGGGAAAAAAAUCACCAAGAUCAUCAGCUUGGGGAAGAAGAAACCAUCCACUGAUGAGCAGACGUCAUCAGCCGAGGAGGACGUCCCAACAUGUGGCUAUCUGAAUGUGCUGUCCAAUAACCGCUGGAGGGAGAGGUGGUGCCGGCUGAAGGAUAACCAGCUGUUACUGCACAAGGACCGAGAGGACCUGAAGACACACAUGGCCUCGCUGCCCCUGCGAGGCUGUGAGGUCAUUCCAGGUCUGGACUCCAAACACCCGUUUGCUUUCAGGCUGCUGAGGAAUGGACAGGAGGUGGCUGUGUUGGAGGCCUCCUCCUCUGAGAGUAUGGGUCGCUGGUUGGGAGUUUUGCUGGCAGAGACAGGCUCCACCACUGAUCCAGCAGCGCUGCACUAUGACUACAUAGAUGUGGAGACCACUGCCAAUGUCAUUCAGCUGGCCAAACAGUCCUUCUGUUUCACCAGUAAGCGUGCCGUGUCUCCAAACCCGUAUCUGGAUAAUCCAGUGAAUGGCUACGCUCGCCCCUCUGGAGUGGCUCUGCACUAUGAUGAUGUCCCCUGCAUCAAUGGAUCGAAGGAGCCAGAUCUGUACUACUCCUCCCCAGGCUCUGGAGGAUGCAGUUGGGUGGAGGACGCUCACUAUGACAAUGCUGAUCUCUAUGAGAACAUGCCUUCCCCCAAACUGGCAGCUCGUUACUCACCCAAACCAAGCCAUUACAACACACCUGUCUCCUCUAAAGCCCUCUCUUCUUCUUCUUCUUCUUCCUCCGCUGCUAAUGUUAACUCUCAGAUGAAAGGGAAGAAAGCCGCAACCACCAAUGGAGUGGCUGCCAAACUGAAACUGGACAAGAACCAGGUCAGGAAGGCCAAUGGAACCAGUGGGUCACUACCAGUCAAGCGCAACAAUUCAAGUGUGGAUCAGUACAAGUAUGGAAAGAACAGAGUAGAGGCAGAUGCAAAGAAACUCCAGGCAAAAGAGGAAGAGCUGCUGAAAAGAAAGCAAGAGAUUCGUAACCGUCUGAUUCAGCUGAAGAAGGACAGGAGAGACCUGCGCACUGCCAUAGAGAACAACACCGGUAAGCGCUCCCAGGCCUCUCUAACAGAGCGGCUGAAAAAAGUGGAGGAUGAGUGUAAGAUGAAGGAAGAUGAGCGGGUGAGCUUGGAACUGGAGCUGACAGAGGUGAAGGAGAGUCUGAAGAAGGCCUUGAACGGUGGGGUCACUCUUGGCCUGACCAUCGAACCCAAGACCAGCCACUCCAGUCCACAGUCUCCAGUGUUGAUAAAGCGCACGAUGGAUAACUCGCCCAUCUCCAGUUGUGACACCAGCGACACCGAGACGUGUUCACUGCCAGUCAACAGCGCCUCCUUACUGCGGCGCCAAGGGCCACAGAAAGCCUCUCCAGUACGGGGGCAUGUCCUCAGAAAGGCCAAGGAAUGGGAGAUGAAAUCUGGCACAUAAACAGUUACUUUCCACUUAUAUUUCAGGUUUCCUGUAUAUAUUUAUUUAAAUUUGUGCAUAUUGAAAGGGUUGUUGAAAGUGAACUGACUGAAGCAUAGACACAACAUGGUGCAGGAAAUAAUGAGGACAGACUGAGAACAGUUCACCAGCUUGCAAUCUACUAAAACUGUGGGACAUGAAGUAUGUUGUUGUUUUCUUUUUUUUUUGACUGAACAGAAAAAAACUGAACCAUUCCCAUCAUCCACCAGUUUCUCUGCAAAACUGCACAGUAGCUACAAUCUUAGCUCAGCCAUUGAUCUCAGCUAUGCUUAUGUGAGCUAUGACAUUUCCUACUUCAUUGAGUCUAUUAGAAGCCAUCAUUGGAAGUUAGAAAAAGUACCUUUAAAUAUUUAUUUGUAAAUGUUUAAGUAAAUACAAGCCUCUUUCUGUGUGUGUUUGUGUCAAUAUUUAAAGCUUUAAAGCAUUUUAUUUGGCUUCAUGUGAGGCCCUGCCUUUAUCAAGUUUUUUUGUUUGUUUGUUUUUACUGGGUUUUAACCGUAAACACUUUCAGUAGAAGUUCAAGUUUCCAAAUUUUCUGGUUAUUGAAUUUAGUCUAAAAGAAAUGAAAUGUCAUGUAGAGGAGCGCUUCAUGUUAAAGUCAAAGAUCAGGGUCAUCUAUAUAUGGUGUCAAGGAUAUGGGCACUGGCUCAGUCGCGUAGGGAUCGAAGCCGCCGUCCAGUCUCAACUCCCUCUGUGUGUCUGGACAGAGUUUUGGUUAGAGUGGUUGCUAUAGUGACAGCAGCCAAUAGGGACAAGGGCAGCCAAGGCCAGGGCGUGGUGCAAAUCACAAACCCUGCUGCACUCAACGCUCACCAGAACUCGUACUACAGCCGUGCUCUAACAGCGAUUGCACUGAAACAGCCCCUCUUUCUCUAUCAUGGGACACUUCAAUGCAAACCCAUCAGUACACUGACAGAGAGAGAAGCACUGUAAAUAAAA